GAGAUGGGACACACUGAGGGUUUACUCCUCAUCUGAGUGGAAGAAGAGCGGAUACAAAUUUAAAGAUAAAAGUGGAUAAACUUUAAUUUACUUUUCUUUAUUUUUGGUUAAUGUAAAAAGCUCAAUGGAAACAAAGGAUGCGCCCCCACAGACAAAGACAGUUGGAAGCCUCCAGUCUCCCUCAGCGGCUAAUCUGGCCACGUUGCAGUCCUACAGACCCCUCCUGAGCGACUAUGGACCUCCAUCUCUGGGAUUCUCACAGGGCUCCACUGGCAGCCAAGUGCCUCAGAACAAAUAUGCAGAGCUGCUGGCCAUCAUCGAAGAGCUCGGGAAGGAGAUCAGGCCCACAUACGCAGGAAGUAAGAGCGCGAUGGAGAGACUGAAAAGAGGAAUAAUCCAUGCCAGAGGGCUGGUGCGUGAAUGCUUGGCUGAGACGGAGAGAAACGCGAGGUCCUAGCUACGAACACACAUUCCUCCCCGCAAGAACUAACAGUGCGCGUCUCAUGAAAAAAAACAAAAAAAACUUGCAUGGCAUUUCCUUCGAGAAGAGGAAGUAAAAGAACAAAGGAUGGGAAAAGCGAGCUCCUAGAGUGAACAAAAAAAAAAAUAAUACAAAUCAUGACUCCUGAGGAUUGUGGAGGAUCAUUUAAAUCAUGUGUGGGUUACCGGAGGUCAUAUGGAGGGAGAUCAUGUGUUUUUAAUGCCCCACUUUUGGGAUCUUAAUUUCGACUUCAUAUUUAAAACAUUGAUUUGUGCAUGCGGAUGGGCCCGGGGUUAACUGUAGACAGUGCAUGGCUUGUACAGGUAGAUGGAAAGGACUUGUUUUGAUAGUAUUUUGGUCUGUUUUUCAGACCCUUGUAACACAUGAGACUGAGAGUGAGGGGCAGAGAUGUGCCAAAUGCAUCGGUUCAUUAGUGUUGAGGUUGGUUUUGGUAUUAAAAAAAAGGAAAAUGCUGUUACUUGCAUCUUUGUAUGUAUUUAUUACUC